AUGGCGCUCGAGCCACACUUGAACGAGGGUAACAUACCAUGCGCUCGCGCAGACUAUCCGCCACAAGUAUACUCAGUGGAACUUCUCGGGCAAGUCCGUGACGGUAUAGGCCACUCCCCCCCCCCUGCUUCUUCCCCGUCAACCCAAACUAAAGCCUAUCGGCCAGUCAACGAAUCGCGCAAUUAUGCGCGCACCCACGGCUGCUCUACACUCUUGAACUACGAACCCGUAUUCCUCUUCAACGACACUUUCGAGAUCUCUCCCGUCCCGGGCUCUUCUCAGCUAGAGUACACGCCAAUUGGCAGCGUUACCGCCGCCUUUGGUAGUCUUUCCAACCCUACCCUUACUACUUAUCCCACUUACAUUGAUCGUCACCGCAUCCCACAAUUCAUACCCUUCUCGCGCGUGGAGAAGGCAGCCGGAACAGACAGGGGUUGUUACAUGACGGUAUUCAACUCUGUAGUCCAGGUGCCCGGGAAGGAGUUCGGUGUUGUUUGGUUUAUGAAAAUGAGGGGCGGUACAAGUGGUCGGGGUGCCGAUGUGUUUUGUGGAGUUGGGGUGGCGGAGGUGAGGAUUGAUGGGGAGCGCGGGCCGAGGUGUGAUAGGAAGGGGGCGCUGGUUUUUGAUGUAAGUCACACCACUAUAUUUCCAAUCGGUUGGCGCAGUAGGUGGUUGACUAUAGGGUAGGGAUUCGGUCCAAGAUGGGGCGAUAUCUCAACGGUCAUUCAUGGAGAUUACAUAUACCUUUACGGUUCCGGUGCUCCAGCUUCUUUCGCUUUCGACGGAAGCUAUAAUGACCCGGUCCAGAAAACCUCCCACCCCACUGCCACUCGCGACUCAAAACUCGACGUACCAAUCUACCUCUGCCGCGUCCCCCACCGCAAUCGUGCAUACUGGUGCGCAGAAAACUACAAGUGCUGGAAUGGUGAGAACUUUGUCAACUUCCCGCAAGUACCCCAGUUUCCUAUAACACCAUUCCCCUUAUACCAACAAGGGAGGGUUAUACCCCGACCACCGCCAGUGUUUAAAUGCGUCAUGAAAAACGUCCAGAGCGGGACGAUAAUGCACUCGCAGCUCUUCAGUGAACAAGGACACUUUAUCUUUAUUGGAUGCGAACUAGGUGGUGGUGAAAAUAAGGAAGUGGUGAUCAAGAUGAGACUCGCGGAUGAGCCUAUGGGACCUUGGUUCGGCGAGGCUUCGCUCUUCAAUCUCAACAAAGUGAAUAGAGGAAACAAUGGUGUCAAGUUUGGAGUCCAUGCUCACUCCUGGGCGAGUAAUUUGGAAAAUGGUGAAAUUCUAGUUUCUUGGACAGAGCCGUGGCCUGGUGGUGUUGAGAUGGCAAGGGUUAAGUUGGUGAUGAAGCCGAGCCCUAUCGUUAUGGUGUCUACUGCUAGUGCGACUACUACCACUACUACUAACGUUGUCCAGUCCUCGAUACACAGUGAGGAGAAUCCUAGGGCGGUUAUUGGCGACUACUUUGACGAAGAGCCUAUUCCAGAAGAUCUAGAGCCCGAGCUUAAGCCUGAGUCUGAGUCUGAGCCUGGGUCUGGGUCUGGGCCAGAGCCUAAAUCUGGGUUUGAGUUUGAGUUUGAGUUUGAGCCUGUGUCCCAACCUGAGCCCGAGUCUGAGGAAGACGAAGAGCUGAAACUCCGCAAGAGGACCAAAGCCCGUGACAAAGCAUUGGCGAAGCUUGCAGGAUCAUACCGCAGAGAGGAAGACAGCGACGGUGAUACAGAAAGCGUCUUUGACUUUAAAGCGGCCUUUCAAAAUCUGUUUGGGCGUCCUCGCCCCGCUUCACCCUCAUCCAUAGUCCCGUAUCCCUCAGGCUAUGACCUACGUACUGCCAUCCCGGGGGACAUUACUGGUAGCUGGAUCUUGAACGAGCGCGACUGUCGCUACUCCAAUGUCUUUAAUAACCACGACGGCCAAGAUCAGCAAAUCGCAACCCUCGGAAGGCAGCUCGAAGUCACUGCAAACAGUGACAACUGCACUAAUAGUAGCAGUGCCAACUCCUCCCCACACACCAACAACCAAUCCUCCUGGCUCAACGACUCGGACACAAACACCGAUUACUCAACCUCCGUCCCCCCCACCGCCUCGCUAAUCACCAGCGCCACCAAUACCGCCCCCCAAUAUGCUCCGUCGGGUCCGAAUGCGUUUCCAUAUCAGCACUUGCAUGGCACCUCACCGCCCCUCCCGGGCGCCGAGACGGCCACGGAAAAAUCCUUGCCAUCGGUCUUCGACACCGAUUCUAGCUCGCAGGCUUCCGACUCUACCACCGUUCCGAAGAAGAAGAGUCCCCACAGGAAAAAUUUGUGGGGGAAGAAAGCCCGAGCGGAGGUGGGGGAGGAAGUCGGGGGUGGGAACGAAAAGAAGGGAUGGAAGAAUAGCAUUAAGAAGAGUGCUAUUGCGAAGUUCUUGAGGGGUGGGGUUUAA